GCCCAAACACCCACCGUCUUCUCCAAUAAAACACAAACCAAACCUCGCAGUAUUUGAAGCACGGCUGCCUCCCACGGUGGCACACUACCGCUACCAGACCGCCGCUACUGGACAUAACGCCGUCAGCCUACCACCGACUGCCGUCCCCGCACCCAUCCCAGCAACACUUAGGCUCCAACGUUGCAAAACCGCGCAAGCACAAACACCCACGCUCGACGGAGAUCAACCCAGCUUUCGCACAACUUUCUCAUAUAAUCUUUUAAAGUAAAGAACUCUGUUUUAUUGUAGAGGGAUUGUGUUAGAAGCUUAUAGCAAAUGGAAUUUUGUCCAACUUGCGGAACCAUGCUGCAGUAUGAGUUGCCCUAUAUGGGCCGCCCUUCUAGAUUCUUCUGCCCGGCAUGUCCGUAUGUAUGCUACUUAGAGAACAAGGUUAAGAUAAAGAAAAAGCAACCUCUGGUUAAGAAAGAUUUAGAGCCUGUUGUCACAGAAGAUGACAUGAAGAAUGCAUCUCAGACUGAUGCAUCGUGCCCGAAAUGUGGUCAUGGAAGGGCUGCUUAUGUUCAAUUUCAGACUAGGUCAGCUGAUGAGCCGGCCACAACAUUUUAUACGUGCUUGAAUGAGACUUGUAGAAACAGAUGGCGUGACGAUUGAAUACUUUUUUCAUGCACAUAUUUCAGUCUUACCUACCACGCUAUGUAAGGUUUUUGCACAUUUGAAGUUCAGUUUAUUCUCAAGCUCUCUUAAUUAUCA